UGGAUAUAACGGGAAUGCAGAAGUGGGGAGACACAGCCAGGUCCCCAGCCAGAAUGGAGGGCAGGCUAUACAUAGGAGAGGACUACAAGAAAGAGUUUCACCCCCAGGACUACUUAAAGACCUACUAUGCCUUCGAUUUGGGCAACGUAGCUGAAUAUGAAAUCCUGAAAUUCAACCUGAAAAACCUCUUUGAAACCUUCUCUCCAGGAGGAGUGGGAGGCGACAUCCUGAUCGACAUUGGCACAGGCCCCACCAUCUACCAGCUGCUCUCGGCCUGUGAGGCCUUCCGGGAGAUCAUUGUCUCAGACUACUCGGAGCAGAACCUCCGGGAGGUGGAGAAGUGGCUGAAGAAGGAGCCGGGGGCCUACGACUGGUCCCCAGUCGUGCAAUCCGUGUGUGAGCUGGAGGGAGACAGGAGCAGGUGGCAGGAGAAGGAGGCGCGGCUCCGGAGGACAGUCACGCGGUUCCUGAAGUGUGAUGUCAACCAGCCACACCCACUGGGGCCCGCCCAGGUGCCACCCGCCGACUGCGUGCUGACCACGCUGGCACUGGAGUGCGCCUGCAGUGACGUGCACGCCUACCGGGCGGCCAUUCGCAACCUGGUCGGUCUGCUGAAGCCAGGCGGGCACCUGGUCACCGCGGUGGCCCUGCGCUUAAAGGAAUACAUGGUGGACACCAAGAAGUUCUUUGGGCUCCACCUGGAGAAGGAGAUGGUAGAGAAGGCCUUGCAGGAGGCCGGCUGCCAGGUGCUGAGGUGCCAGUACGCCCCCUUCAGCUACUCAGAGGCCCACUGCAUCAACGAUGGCAUCUGCUUUGUGGUCGCCCGCAAGGGCCCCGGGGCCUGAGGCCAGCCUGGGAGAGAGGGCCUGCCCCAGAGGGGAUGUCAGAGAGGGUCUGCUCCAGGAGGAUGAGUCAGGACCAGUGUUCCUAGAGUCUCACUCCGCAGCCCCCUAAUGCAGGGCCAGCCUAGACUCUACCACAUCACUCGUAUUACUUCUACCCAAGGUCACAGGGGAAACGCAGGGUCUCCCUGCCCCUGGCCCAGGGAUCUGGCUCCCACACCCCCUUCUGGUUCAGCUUGCACCGAAAUCAGAAAAAUAAAGUGGCUCAGAUACA